AUGUCUUCACAAGCAGGUGGGAGCAGAGAGGUGUGGGUACGGGUGAGGAGAAUGCUGGACGAGGAUGCAAUGGAAUGUGUGAAGGAGGAAGAGAUUAAUUCCUGCGAUCAGAAUCUGAACCGAUGCUGUGAAAUAAUAGAAUUGACCUCUGAGAUUCAAGGACAGCUCUUCACAAUUCUCAAUGAAACAUCUCGAGAAGGUGGGCAUUAUGCAGGUGUGGAAACAAUAAAAACUCGUCUCCUGCCAUGGCUAGGGACUUGUUUUUCCUGUGCUACUUCAGGAAGGCCCUUUGAAACCAACUUCUCUCUCACUCAGGAUUCAAUUGAGAAAGAGAGGCAGCUGAGAGAGCUGGGAGAGCUGGCCAGCAAUCAGACUCUUCAGCUGCAGGAGCUGCAGGAAGAACUGACUUCAACUCGUCUGCAGCUCAACCAUGUGCAACAAGAGCUGAAGACUUCCCGUGCCCAAGGAAAGGAUGCCCUGAGGAAGUUAGAUCGUCUGAGUGACUAUGAGCAGCAGAUUGAAAUACUGCGGGAUGAGAUUUCUAUCCUGGAUGCCCAAAAGUCUGUUCUCCAGAGCAGGCUUGCACGGAGCCGUUCUCCUUCCCCAAGGCACAGAGAGAAGUUGUCACCUAGUCCACUUCACCCAAGGAGCUGCUCUCCUGGCCGAGCCAGGCGUAUGAAUGCUUCGCGUCGCGCCUGCCUGGUAGCUCGCUUUGGUGACAUCUAUGCUCAAGAACGCUUGGAUGCAGAGACCCUGUUGAGGACAUACAUUAGUGACACAGAGAUGGUGCAGAGGAUAAUAUACAUUGCAGCUUUGGAGUCUUUUCAUGCAGCAAAGAUGGCCUACAGGCAGUUCAAAAUACGUGUGAGAGAGACACUGUCUCUAGGUCACUCGGGGCCGGAGUCGCUUGAAGACGCUGUCCUGGAUUACAUACUUCGCCACGAGGACCUGUAUGACGUUCAAGCCAGUGUCAAUGAAGUGAUUCGCUCCAUGAACAUCAGCCCAAAGAUUUCAUUUCCACCAGAAAUCGAUUUCAUUGUGAUCAGCACUUUGAUUCGAGCGCUGUGCCAUGUGGCUUUUUCAAUGCAGACUCUUGUUCCUCCUCUUGAUGUUGCCAUCGGUACUGAUGGAGAACUUUUCAGUGAGACCAAGUACCAUCGUAGUAUUGACUCUGAUUUCACAGCUGCCUUGGUGGCCUAUCAUGUAUGGCCUGCUCUGAUGGAAAAUGAUGUUGUAAUUGUCAAGGGAGAAGCAGUCACAAAAAGAGGAGCUCUGUGGUCUCGCAGAAGUCGAAGUAGAAGCAGAAGCCGCAGCCGUAGCACCAGUCCUCUUCUGUCUCAUCACCUGUCUCGAAGCCGCAGUCCUUCACCACUGAGGAGUGGAAGCCCAAGGUGUUAA